AUGGCCACUACUUCUACUCUGCUCCACCAGUUCGAGCACGGCCAGAUCGAACAGCAAAUGCCAAACGCACCACUGUGCAUCCCAACGGUUGCUAAGCUGCAAUAUUUGUUGCAAUCGCUCGAGGGAGAAGCUCGAAAGCCAUUCGAGUCGGUAGAUGUGGAAGCAGAUAACUACGGGACGACUUGGGACGCGUUGCUGAAGCGAUAUGAUAAUAAGCGAUUCCUGAAGCGUCAACUCUUCCGCGCUCUUUAUGAUCUACCUGUCCUCAAGCGUGAAUCUCCCCAGGAAUUACACAACCUUGUGGACGACUACCAGCGUCAUGUCAAGGCCCUAGGAAAGCUGAAUGAGCCAAUUCAGUAUUGGGACACACCUCUAAUCAACCUCCUAUCCUACAAGCUAGAUCCUACAACGCUACGAGCUUGGGAAGAGUCAACCAGCAGCGAAGACAAUGUUUCCUAUGAGAGGAUGGUAGACUUUCUCUAUCAACGAGCUCGAAUGCUGAAAUCCGUCGUCACAGAUCUGCAGCAACGUUCACAACAACCGAUAUCGGCCAAGGUGGCCGGUUCAAUACCUUUCCCGAAGAAGCCAUUCAAGAUGGCAGCUAACACUGUUGUGUCCAAGCCGUACAGUAGUGGACCACAGUGUAUCGCAUGUUCAGAGAAGCAUUUCCUUUUCCUAUGUCCAGUAUUCGCAAAGAUGUCGGUCGCUCAGAGACGCGAACUGGUUUCCCAGAAGCACCUAUGCUGGAAUUGCUUCAAAUCUGGACACAUAGCAAGGAGCUGCACAUCGAAGUUUACGUGUCGGACCUGCCAUGACAAGCACCAUUCUCUGUUGCACCAAGAAGCACUUCUCAAGAUAUCGUCCACCCCAGCAAUUACGCCACAGCAGCCAAUCCAACAACCAUCCACGUCCACGGCAGUGGAACCGGCAAGACAUCCCAACCAAAACCCCCAAGUGAGUCUGUCGGUCCAGUCGAGCCGCAGCACAGUGCUGCUAGAAACGGUUGACCUUUUGGUCCUCGACCAGAAUGGUAAAAAGCAUUCCGCCCGAGCACUACUAGACUCGGCAUCCAUGUGCAAUUUCAUGACGAAAAAGCUUGCCAACUCUCUCAAUCUUCGUCGCAAGACAGUCGACAUCGCUGUAACUGGUAUCGGAGAAUCCACGAAGCAGAUCAAGUUCAAACUGACUGCUACCAUCCAGUCCAAGUUCACUCCGUUCAGUACAGCACUCGAGUUUCUAACCCUGAAGAAACCCACGAUUAAUCUGCCAACCAUCCCAGUCGACAUAUCCCAGUGGAAGCUCCCCGAAGUGUCGUUGGCAGAUCCCAAAUUCCACAUCCCUGCAGGCAUCGACAUGAUUGUCGGUGGCGAAGCAUACCAUGAGCUACACACAGGUGGUAAAGUUCCUCUUGGUGAAGGUCUUCCAACGUUGAUCGAGACAGUAUUCGGGUGGACCGUUUCUGGGAAAGUUUCUAUCAAAUCCGCAAACGUUCCGCAUGUUUGUCACCUCACCACUGUCGAUCGAAACCUAGAACAAGCGCUACAACGGUUCUGGGAGCUGGAGGCCAUCGAUUCCAAUCCAGUGUUAUCCACAGAAGAAACCUAUUGUGAAGAAUUUUAUUCCGCUACCACCACUCGCGAUUCGUCCGGUCGUUAUCUCGUUCACUUGCCACUUACCCGUGAUCCGCUCGUCACCCUCGGUACAUCCCGCCUAAUUGCCGAGCGCCGUUUCUUAAACCUGGAGAAGGGACUUGAGCGUGAUCCACCCACCAAGGAUGCAUACUGCAGCUUCAUGGACGAGUACGAGCGCCUUGCACAUAUGCGGAGAAUCGACGAUCCAGCAGACACUAUUCCGCACUGUUAUCUUCCGCAUUACCCAGUGUUUAAAGCUUCGAGUACAUCCACCAAGAUCCGUGUUGUAUUUGACGCUUCGUGUAAGACCACGUCUGGUUUUUCGGUAAACGACAUGCAGCUAGUUGGACCAGUCGCUCAAAAGGAUCUGCUGUCGAUAGUCAUGCGUUUCCGCACCCACCAAAUCGCCAUCGUAGCAGACUGUGAGAAGAUGUAUCGGCAAGUUUUGCUACACCAAGAAGACCGUCCAUUCCAGAGAAUUCUCUGGCGCACCAGUCCAGAUCAGCCACUCGCAACAUACGAGCUUCAAACCGUUACGUACGGUUUCGCAUCUGCGCCGUUUCUGGCAACUCGCACCCUACACGAAGUUGCUAAAGAUGAGAAAGAGAAGUACCCGGCCGCCGUCCAGGCUGUAAAACAGGAUUUCUACGUGGAUGAUUUCCUGUCCGGCGCAGAUGACCUCCCAUCCGCAAUCCGCUUACGCAAGCAAGUUUCCGCUAUGCUCUCAGCGGCAGGGUUCCCGCUAAAGAAAUUGGCAUCCAAUGCACAAUGGUCCCAGAUCUGGGAGCCGGAGUCCGACAUGCUACGCUUCAAGGUGCAGCUUCAGUUACCAGCAGCUGUUCUUACCAAGAGGAAGAUUAUGUCCUACAUUGCUGUGAUAUUCGAUCCAGCAGGGUUCAGUGGACCAGUCAUCGUCGUAUCCAAGCUUUUUAUGCAGCGUCUAUGGGCCUUGCACACAGACGAAGGACAUUCCUACGAGUGGGAUCGUCCACUACCCCCACAUCUCCAAGCUGAGUGGAAAUCCUACCAUAGAUCGCUCGAAGUGCUGUCAAAUAUCCGGCUCGAAGGACCAAAUGAUGGGGCCUUUUAG